UUUUUUUAUUAUAUGAGAAGAGGCGUAUACUCUCCUCCCGUGGAGCCCAAACCAACCAUCAUCGCCAUCGAAAUAGAGCGAGAACAUUCGAACGCCAUUUUCGUUUCUCGCAAGAUCAUUUUAGGGUUUUGCUUCAUCUUCUGGUUUCGGAUCUGACCGCGAUUCCGAUUUUCUGCAGAUCUCGAUCAUUUAUGUUCUCCGUAUUUUGAUUUGCCGCAUUCCUAUUCUGAAAGCGUUGAAUCGAUUUCCGAGUUUUUUUUCAUCUUCAUGUCCUGUUUCGAAUUCAACUUUUCACCACAUUUGGUUGUUGGUAUAUAGAUCUUGAAAAUUGGCUCCCCAAAGACGUUCGCAGCGCCACAUGGGCGGCCAGAUGCAGCAGAGCAAUGCCGCCGCGGCGACUGCUCUGUAUGAUCACGCAGCCGCCGGCUCUCUGCACAAUGCAGGGUCCGCUGGCGAUGCCGGCGACGCGGUCAUGGCGCGCUGGCUCCAGUCCGCCGGACUGCAGCAUCUGGCCUCUCCCAUGGCUUCCACUGGCAUCGACAAUCGCCUCCUUCCAAGCCUUCUAAUGCAGGAUUAUGGAGCACAGUCUGCUGAAGAGAAACAGAGGAUUUUCAAGUUAAUGAGAAACCUCAAUUUCAAUGGAGAAUCGGGGUCUGAGCCAUAUGCACCUACUGUCCAAAGUUCAAGUGGAGUGGCUGCUUCAGAUGGGUUUUAUUCUCCGGAUUUUAGAGGGGAUUUUGGAGCUGGGCUGUUGGACCUUCAUGCUAUGGAUGAUACAGAACUUUUAUCUGAGCACGUUAUGUCAGAACCUUUUGAGCCUUCACCAUUCAUACCUAGUGGCACUAGAGGAUUUGACAAUGAUUUGAAUGUUGUAAGUGGGGAUCAGCAAAGAGGGCAGCCAGAUGCAGAUGCAUCUGUUUCAUAUCCUACAAAUGGAAAAGAGAUCCCAAGGGAAAAUAAUGUGGCUAAGAUUAAAGUUGUGGUACGCAAAAGACCUUUAAACAAGAAGGAGCUUUCUCGGAAGGAGGAGGAUAUUGUCACUGUAUAUGACGAUGCUUAUGUGGCUGUGCAUGAACCCAAACUAAAGGUGGACUUGACUGCUUAUGUGGAGAAGCAUGAGUUUUGUUUUGAUGCUGUUCUCAACGAACAUGUCUCCAACGAUGAGGUAUAUCGAGUUACUGUUCAACCAAUUAUACCUACCAUUUUUGAACGAACAAAAGCUACGUGUUUUGCUUAUGGUCAGACAGGCAGUGGCAAGACAUAUACAAUGCAACCAUUACCUCUCAGAGCUUCAGAAGACCUUGUGAGAUUGUUGCAUCAACCAGUCUAUCGUAAUCAGAGAUUCAAAUUGUGGCUUAGCUACUUUGAGAUAUAUGGUGGAAAGCUAUAUGAUCUUCUCAGUGAUAGAAAGAAACUUUGUAUGAGAGAAGAUGGAAGACAACAAGUAUGCAUUGUUGGCUUGCAAGAAUUUGAAGUUUCAGAUGUACAGAUAGUUAAAGAAUAUAUUGAGAGGGGUAAUGCUGCUAGAAGUACUGGGUCCACUGGUGCCAAUGAGGAGUCUUCGAGGUCACAUGCUAUUUUGCAGCUUGCUGUUAAAAAGCAUGUUGAAGUCAAAGAUUCCAGGAGGAAAAUUGAUGAAAACGAUUCUAAAAGUGGAAGAGUUGUGGGGAAGAUCUCUUUCAUUGAUCUUGCUGGUAGUGAAAGAGGUGCUGACACCACUGAUAAUGAUCGGCAAACUAGAAUUGAGGGAGCAGAAAUCAACAAGAGUCUUUUGGCUCUUAAAGAGUGCAUUCGUGCUCUGGACAAUGAUCAGAUACAUAUACCAUUUCGUGGAAGCAAACUCACUGAAGUGCUUCGUGACUCCUUUGUUGGAAAUUCAAGGACGGUAAUGAUCUCUUGCAUUUCGCCAAAUGCAGGGUCAUGCGAACACACACUCAAUACCUUGAGAUAUGCAGAUAGGGUAAAGAGUCUCUCCAAAAGUGGUAAUCCUAAAAAGGAUCCAGCUGUAAAUUUACCACCAACUAAUAAAGAUGCUUCAUCAGCUUCGUCUCAGCUGACUUCUACUGAUGUAGAAGAUGUUUAUGAGCAACGUCAAGAGGUGAAAGUAGCAGAUACAGGAAGAAGGGUUAUGGAAAAGGAUAACUCCUCACACAAUUCUAGUGCUGAUUUUGACAAGCAGUCUGGAAGUUUAAUACCCAGCUAUCCUCUCAAUGGGAGGGAGGAAAGAGGGAUGGCUUCUGUCACAAUGGAUAGGGAGCGGUCUGAAAUGAAAAGUUCUUAUGCUAAUUCUAAUAGCCAAAAAAUGUAUUCUUAUUCCCAAAACUCGGUUGAAACGGAAGAAAAAGUGCAAAAGGUGUCACCACCUCAUAGAAAAAUAUCCAAGGAUGAAAAAUCAGAAAAGUUUGGUAACUGGCUGAAAAAAGAAACUGGUGGAUCAGAUCUCUCUACCACAAGUAGUAAGCAGCAUAAUACUAGCAAUUAUAACUCAGCUAAUGCUGGAUCCAGACAAUAUGAGCCUGAAGUUCCUGAUGAGAACAUAAAUGCAAUACUUGAGGAAGAAGAGGCCUUGAUUGCUGCUCACAGAAAAGAGAUUGAGGAUACAAUGGAGAUUGUUCGGGAAGAAAUGAAGCUAUUAGCGGAAGUGGACCAGCCAGGAAGCCUCAUUGACAACUACAUGACCCAAUUGAGCUUUGUGCUCUCCCGUAAAGCCGCUGGUCUGGUCAGUCUUCAAGCUCGGCUUGCAAGGUUUCAGCAUAGACUGAAAGAGCAGGAGAUACUAAGUCGAAAAAGAGUACCUCGCUGAGACGACGACUGUGUAAUCUGUUAUACUGAUGGCUCCAUAUCCUGUCUUUUACAAGCAGUAGUCAUCUUGGAUUCGGGAGAAGAGGAUGCGGACUUCGGCUCGGCUGUUCACAUCCAGGCUUUCUGGCUUAGACAAACCGCAACGAGUGUUCAUGUCUCUUGUUAGUGAUUGUUGUAAUUCCUUUGUAUUUUCUUAAAAAGAUAAGUCUGAUGUGUUCUUGCCAAGUUUGAUGGGGUUGUGUACUGUGGCUGUUGUUUAAUGCUGACUGGGAAUUUGAAUUCAUAUGUUUUUACUUGUUAGGAAAGAAAAGAAAUUCAAUAGAUUUGCUUUUACA